UCAAAGAUUUCGAUCUCCAUAACGAUAUUCCAUCUGAUCAGGACGGUGUCCUUUGGUGGUGCUUACAGUCUUCCUCCGGCGGUGCAGUUGGGUGGUGCAAUUGUGGCUGCCGUGGAACAAGACGCCGAGCAGGAGGCUGCCACCGAGGAGCGACAGCGGUUGGAACGGGAGUGGCUAUCGAUGGCCGAAACCCAAUUCAACAAUCUGAUCAACGAUGAUCUGAGCCCACAUGAGGUUAACAACAUGCUGGAGAGCUGGUCAACAGAAGGUCGCGGCAAGCACAAAAAACAGAAAAAGCUAAUGAAAAUGGUGUAUCCGCUGCUGGCUGCCGCAGCUGUGGCAAAAAUAGUUUUGCUGCCCUUGGUCUUGAAAUGGCUGACAGCACUUUCGGCGUCAUCGUUUGUCAUGGGCAAAAUCGCGUUGGCCACAUCCGGACUUUUGGCCUUGAAGUACAUAUUGUCCGGAGGACAUGCACACGAUCGCCUGGAGAUUGUUCACUCUCACGCUCCAGUCGUCAAGGGAUUGCACGGCACGGAUCUCUCCUCCAGCGGAAGCAGUUGGAUGCCCAUUCGGCAGCCUUUUAUCCCAUUGGGAUUAUCGAAAGAUCACAACUUUGACAACCUGUAUAAGCCAUUUUUAUAGGUUGAGCAGCAAGGAAAGUGAGAGUGCUAGAGAAACGUAUUAUAAAAUAUCAUAAAGCUUACCAUCUACUAUUCAUAAAA